AUGGUUGCCCCGCGGACCCCCCAGAGCUGCUUCCAGACGGUGAUCCUGGCGCUUAUUUUCCUCCCCCAGGCGCUGCCCGCGGGCGUCUUCGAGCUGCAGAUCCACUCUUUCGGCCCCGGGCCAGGCCCGGGGGCGGCGCGGUCCCCCUGCAGCGCCCGGGGCCCCUGCCGCCUCUUCUUCAGGGUCUGUCUGAAGCCGGGACUCUCGGAAGGAGCCGCCGAGUCUCCGUGCGCCCUGGGCGCGGCGCUGAGUGUACGCGGACCCGUCUACGGCGAGCAGCCCAGAGCACCCCGAAUUGACCUGCCAUUGCCUGAUGGUUUCUUGAGGGUGCCCUUCCGGGACACCUGGCCGGGAACCUUUUUUCUUGUUAUAGAAACCUGGAGAGAAGAAGGAGGGGAGCAGGUUGGAGGGCCGGCCUGGAGCUUGCUGGCGCGCGUGGCCGGCUGGCGCCGCCUGGCAGCCGGGGGACCCUGGGCCCGGGAUGUGCAGCGCGCAGGUGCCUGGGAACUGCGCUUCUCCUACCGCGCGCGCUGCGAGCCGCCCGCCGUCGGGGCCGCGUGCGCGCGCCUCUGCCGCUCGCACAGCGCCCCCUCGCGGUGCGACCCGGGACUGCGCCCCUGCGCGCCGGCCGAGGAGGAGUGCGAGGACCCCCCUGUCUGCCGGCCCGGCUGCAGCCCUGAGCAUGGAUUCUGUGAGCAGCCCGAUGAGUGUCAAUGCCUGGAUGGCUGGACAGGGCCCCUCUGCACCGUCCCUGUCUCCACCAGCAGCUGCCCCAGGGGCCCAUCCCUUGCCAGCCCUGGAUGCCUCAGCCCCGGACCGGGGCCAUGUGAUGGGAACCCCUGUGCUAAUGGGGGCAGCUGCAGUGAGACAGCGGCGUCCUUCGAAUGCGCCUGUCCCCGGGGCUUCUACGGGGCGCGCUGCGAGGUGAGCGGGGUGACCUGUGCUGAUGGGCCCUGCUUCAAUGGUGGCUUGUGUGUAGGGGGUGCAGACCCCGAUUCUGCCUACAUCUGCCACUGUCCACCGGGCUUCCAAGGCUCCAAUUGUGAGAAGAGAGUGGACCGCUGCAGUCUGCAGCCUUGCCAGAAUGGGGGGCUCUGCCUGGACCUGGGCCACUCCCUGCGCUGCCGCUGCCGCGCGGGCUUCGCGGGACCGCGCUGCGAGCACGACCUGGACGACUGCGCCGGCCGCGCCUGCGCCAACGGCGGCACGUGCCUGGAGGGCGGCGGCGCGCGCCGCUGCUCCUGCGCGCUGGGCUUCGGCGGCCGCGACUGCCGCGAACGCGCCGACCCCUGCGCCGCGCGCCCCUGCGCCCACGGCGGCCGCUGCUACGCGCACUUCUCGGGCCUGGUGUGCGCCUGCGCGCCCGGCUACAUGGGCCCGCGCUGCGAGUUCCCGGUUCACCCCGACGGCGCGGACGCGCUGCCCGCGGCUGCCCCGGGCCCGCGGCAGGGCGAGGACGCGCAGCGCUUCCUUCUGCCGCCCGCGCUGGGGCUGCUGGUGGCCGCGGGCUUGGCCGGUGGCGGGCUCUUGCUGGUCCAUAUCCGACGCCGCGGCCCCGGCCGGGACACUGGGUCUCGCUUACUGGCGGGGACCCCGGAGCCAGCGCACACACUCCCCGAUGCCCUCAACAACAGGAGGACACAGGACUGUUCCGGGGACGGCCCAAGACCCUCAGUGGAUUGGAGUCGCCCUGAGGAUGGAGAAUCUCGUACUGUUUACGUCAUACCUGCCCCGUCGGUCUAUGCUCGGGAGGCCUGACCUGCUCCUUCUCCAUCAGCCCCUGGGCAUGCAGCCUGGAUGUUUUUCUAUUUCCUGGGUGCUUCCCAGUCUCUACCUCGGACACGUUGGAGGGCAAAGCUGGAAGUGGUGGCAGGGAG